AUGUUCAAUGCCCCGGCAUCCCGGGCUUUGCUUUAUCCUCGCUUGGGCUUCGUUAGCCGUUUGCGUGCACAGCGGACGGCCUUUUAUUCUAAUUUUCCCAUCAGCGACUUAAACGCGCCAAAAAGUCUGGACUUAUCCAGAUCCAAGGUCAUCACAUGUACAAAUGGUCUGUUUCAAGAUAUCUACAGACUAAUUCAGCCGACCAACUCCCCCUCCGUUUCAAGCGGCAUUUUGUUUCUAAGCCCUUCGAUUGUUCUAGAUAGCCUAAAAAGCAUCUUCAGCUUCGCUCCCGCAAAGGCAGGCAUGGCCGAUAUAGAUAUUUAUUGCCGACAUUUUUUUAACGCAGCGCUGGUUCUCGCGCUAUUGCAUUUGGAUCCAGAUUGCAGGAGGACCUUUUUAAAAAAGCACACCGAUUUGCUUGAAUCUGUAAAUCUGGCCAACCGGGGCCAUGGCGGCGACAGCCGUCAAAAGGAAAAUAGCCUUGUACCUGCAGACUUGAACCAUCUAAACUCAUAUCAACUGAUCUGCGACAUUCUUAACAGCAAUUUGAAGGAAACUCUUGUAAAUGCCGUAUCCUGCGGGCUAUUUGCUGCCUCGGAUGCGCCCAUUACGAUGUUUAGCACGCCCAUUCUAUUUUGGAUUUUGUUUGGGCUGAUCAAGUUUGGAGGCGCGCCAUUUCAUAAAUAUGCAACGCAGAGACUUUGUAACAACUUUACUCAUGAAUCUUCGUUUUUGGAAUCGUCUUCGAUGACCUUUAUCCCGGAUCUUUGGGAUUUUCUGGUCCACAACCAAAAGGCAGCCAUUCCAAAUGACCUUUUGCUCGAGUUUUUCACAUUCCUAUCUAGCUUUCAGAACAAGGAUGUGUAUGUCAAUUCAGGCAUAUUGCCCCUGGCAACUAUCGUGCAAUCUAAUUACGAUUGUAUUUCCUUUUUCAGAAAAAGGGAACUAUCCUCGUUUGAUGUCUCGAUUUUAGCACUUGAGCAAUUGGUAAGAUUUGAAAAUUGGGACUCAAUUCCGGCGUUCAUUGGGCGCAUCAAGUCUUUCUACGAUAUAGCGCCAAAUACUUACGUACGGCGUUCAGUUUCAACUGAACACAAAGUUUGCGAAUGUCUCUUUUUAUCGUUCCCAAAGCAAUAUCCAAAAUCAAAACCCACCGUUUUGAAUAUCAUAGAAUCCAGAAGAGACAUAUUAACCUUGUACUGCUCCAUGAUGACCAUUGCCACGUUGCCCCCGCUCAUCAGGUUUCUUCUUUGCGAGAGAUACGAUCUUUUGGUCUUUAAGCAGCUUGUUGAGCGAAUCGCUAGUGCAAAAAUUCCGGGAUGCAUGGAAGAAGACUUUAAUCCGUGGCUUGAAUGGGUUCUUUUAUCUUCGGUUUCUGAAAAUUUUCCGCCUGGCUCAAUUAUUAGGAAAACGGCGUUUUUGAAUCAUUUCCACAAAUUGUUAGCCCACUCGUUGUUCAUGGCCACCAACACCAACGCUCUUGAUACGAAGCUACCACUCUUGCCUUCUUAUCUCGCAAGCAUAGGGCCAUGGAUAAGCUUGGCGUCAAAGGGGCUUUUAGAUAGGCUGAAAGUUUCCGAUGUUCUUAAUGCCAUUCCAGCUAUACUUUUUGACCAUUCCGCUUCCCCUGAGCAUGGUUCCACAAAAGUUAUUUUGUAUUCGCACGCCUCAGUGCAGUCAAAUCGGGAAAUGUUGUUUUUAAUGUCCGUGGUUAUUGCGAUACUUGAUUCUCAUGAUUUUCGGCGCGCUUCUCAACAUCUUUCCUUGCUUGUAAAUAGGAUUUCACCGGAUCCAAAAUCUGUACACCUUCACUGUUCACCUUUACACGAAAUACUUUCGGCGUGCGAUGUAUCUUUGGCGACAUUGGUCUGCAUUAUUGAAACGGGCAGACUAACCGGCUUCAAAGAUGUAGCCCCAGAUGGCUGCAUCAAGAUCCCCUUUAGCUUUCUUUGUUUGGACCACUUGUAUUGUAGCAUUCUCAAUCAUUUGUCUUGCAAUCAAAAGUGGCUUAAAGUGGUGAGCAUUUUUAGGUGUCUCAUGAGCAUCUACUGUCAUUCCGAAAUAUCAUCUUUGCUUGCGUGUGGCGGCUUGCGGUCAAACCUCUUGGCGGCCUUUGUUGCGAGCAACUCUUUUGAUUUGAUCGAGUAUCUUUUCACAUUCACCACUUUGGAUGAUGUUUGGAAAAUAUUCCCCCGCAGCCUGUUUAAAUCGUUAAAGGCUAAAAUAGAUUUUAGCUCGUUUCUGUCCGAUGAUAUUGUUGUUACAAAGCAUUUGACGAUCAAAAGCCCUGCAUAUGCGUCAACAGACCACAAUGCGCUUUUGGAUGCAAUAAGAAACAUCAAAAGCGAUGGACCCAUCAUGAUAUACAAUGUCCGAAAUAAAGUCCUUCAGGAUCACAGAAUCUCGCCCUACCUUAGGAGGCGAUUGGAGAUCCCACCGGUUUGGAGGGAGGUACGCAAUCAAUUUCUUCACAAAUUCACCAGACCAGAUUUUAAAAACCAAAUAGACGACCUUUUUAUUUAA